AUGACGAGGCCGUGGAUGGCGGUGCGGCUCGCGACCCUCCUCGCGGCGGCCGCCCAGGAGCCGCACGUGCCGGACCCGGAGGUCGGCCGCAUCGUCGACGCGGUCGCGGCGCAGUUCGUGGCGGCGGGCGGCCGCGGGUUCGAGGGCUGGGAGCCGAAGCGGCUGAAGGAGGCCGCGCGCGCGUACCACGCGCGCAUCACGCCGCUGGCGAUGCCGUGGCGCCGCGGCGCGGACACGGCCGACACGUUCGUGCGGCCGGCGGCGCCGCCGCGCGUCCCGAACAUCGCGCACUGGGCCUGGCGCGACGGCGACGCGGACUGGACGCUCGCGCUGAGCGUGGCGAUGGCGGCCGUCGUCCAGCGGCCCGAGGCCCUGUACCUGCACACCGGCCCCCUCGCGGCGGGCGCCACGGCGUACACGGAGCCCCAGACGCCGGCCGGCCGCGCGGCGCUGCGGUGCCUCCGCGCGGCCGGCGCGCAGGAGGUGCGGCACGCGGCGGACCCCGCCCCCGGGGGCGGCCGGCACCCCUGGGCCGAGGUCCUGGGCCGGGGGCGGCGCGUCCGCUCGAAGCAGACCUUCGCGCACCUGUCGGACGUCACGCGGCUCAAGACCAUCCUGGACAUGGGCGGCAUCUACCUCGACCGCGACGCGUUCCUGCACCGGCGCGUGGACCACUACCGCUGGCGCCACGACGCCGUGCUCGGCCUGGAGCCCUCGAACUUUGAGCGCGACCGCGUCGCGAACUUCGGGUGCCUGAUGGCGCGGCCGAACUCCACGUUCUUCCAGCUGUUCUGGGACGGCGCGGGGCGCGCGGCGUACGCGAACACGUCGUACCUGAGGACGUGGGGCGGCUGGGCCCACGACUCGUGCCGCAAGUCGUACGCGCUCGCGAUGAAGCGUCCCGACCUCGUCCACCUCGAAGCGCGGCUACUCCAGUACCCGUUCCCGGGCCACGGCGCCGCGCGCGGCGGCGUGACGCGGGCGCUGCUGGACCUGACGCGGCGGAGCGAGGUCUGCCACAUGUCGGGCUUCAAGUGGAACGGCGGCCGCACGCACCAACUCCGCAUGAGGCCCUCCAUCUUCGGCGAGGUGCUGUGGCCGAACGUGCUCCGGGCGGCGGCGGCGGAGCCGCCGCUGCCGCCCGAACUGCUGCGGUGCGUCCGCUGGCUCGGCGACACGCUCGUGAACGAGUCCUACAUGCCGGAGGCCGCCAACGCCGCCGCGCAGGGGUGGCGCUAAGACGCUUCUCCAGGUAUUUCUGCUCCGGCCUAGUGGGCGACGGCACGCUAGAGCGACUUGGCCUAUUGGUCUUUUAGGUGUGCGGCGGGGUGUCGCUCGCGAGCUGCGAGGGUACGACAGCUGCGGUGCUUGGAUACGUCGGGUUGUGCUUGGAUACGUCUCAGUUGAACCUUGGGAUCCUACUAGACGUGUAUUUCCUCCUCCUCGAGGGAGUCCUCCUCGAAGACCAGCUCGUCGUCGUCGGCCAGCGGCGGCGGCGGCGGCGCGGCACCUAGCAUAACGCACCGAGCAGGAA